CCCAGAGCUGAGCCCAUCUUUGAUUAUAGCAGUCUCCUAACCACAGGUAAAUAUAACUGCAUGCACAUAGUUGUUGGGACUCUAAAGCGAUUUACAAAACAUUUAAUUAUUUUAUUUUUUCAUACAUGCCGUUGUAUCGACAUGAACAUCUAACAUAAACUGUAGAUUUGACGAUAAUGGACAGCCAGACUAUGUGGCAAUUUCCCCGCUGAGAGGCGUAUGCGUGCGGUGAUUGUCUUGUUUUGAGUCCGAGGAUUCCAAGAAGUCAUCGUGAGAAGUGGAGGCCUCUGGACCCACUGUCAUGUGAGAGGAGGCCAGAGAGCUGUGAACACUGAGCAAUCUGUGCGUCAACACAAUUACCUGACCCUGUCUCCAGUAUGAAUGGGGAUACGCCCCAUGUCCCCAUCACCACUGUAGCAGGAAUCACUAGUCUCACAGACUUGUUGAACCAACUGCCCCUUCCCUCCCCACACCCUGCUACCACCACUAAGAGCUUACUGUACAAUGGCAGCAUUGCUGAGAAGGUCAGCUGUCUUCUGGCUUGCCAGGAUGAGAAUCUGGUGGCUCAGCUGUCUCAGAGUCUCAGCCAGGUGUCCACUGAACACAUAGAACUGAAGAACAACCUGGGCAGAGAUGACUUGGAAGGUGAUAUGCCAGUCCUGCUACAGAUUGUUCUGUCCAGGAGCCCCAAUAUCUUCAGGGAAAAAAAUAUGCCAAUUCAAUAUGGGACUCCAGAUGGCACAAGGCAGCCUAUGACGCCACAAUAUAAUGUAACCCAGAAUGCCAUGCAGAACAGCCCAGCCACAUCAAAUUACCAGCCUGCUUCCAUGGCACAGAGCCCAACAAGUGGGUUUGUCCCCCAGCAGACGGGUCCGGGCAGCAGGUUUCCCCAGAACAGCCAUGUGUCCAGCCCCUACACACCUCAGAGCCCAGCCCCGUACAUGCAGUACCCUCAUCCAUCUGGCUACAAUCAGCAGCAACAGAUGCAGCAAGUGUCUGUACUGAGCCCUACAAUCCCUGGUGGCAUGAGGAACAUUCAUGAAAAUCAGGAGAGGGACCAGUCCUUAAGAAACCCCUCACUUCCUUUAAGGUCACCACAGGCUGUGUGCUCACCACCAGACAGAGAUGGAAUUCCCAAAGCUGCCUCCCGCCCACCGCUUAUAAUGCAGUCACCUCCGCAAUACUCCUCACCUCAAGAUGGCUUACCAGACCUCCUGCUCAACUCCCCUGACCACAAGCAGAAGAGAGGCAAGGUGACCCAAGGUGAACGCAGGCAAGCUGAUAAGGCUGCCACCUACGACUUUAUGGCCUCAGAAGAUGAGCUGCCGUUCAACGCAGGGAAGGCAGGCCAGGGACUCAUGCCAGGAGAGCCAGUACAGGAAAAAGACAAACCGCUUAAAAAGCGGAGACCGGACCCUCACCCUCAGGACCCUGGAGCGGUGGAGGACCAACUCGGUACCCAGAUGGCCCCUCAGGAGGCUGGCGCGGCUGAUCACGGCACCACUCGACAGCACUCCCACUCGGAUGCCCAGAGGUUGCAGGAACAGUCCCAGCAGGGCCCGGGAGUCUCCAGCUCGAGUAGACUCCGGCAGUCGGGGUCACAGAGGAACAUUCCGGAAGGGGAGAGAGACAGGAAAGAGGACCAAGGAACACAGCAGAGGGACAUUGUCAAGGGCUCUGCACCCGUGGUGGUGCUCCAGAAGCUGUCCCACGAGGAGGUGCAGAAGCUGAUCAAGGAGAAGCACAAGAGCCCCAGAAGCUCACACAAGCACCAUCACCACUCAGAGCGCUCCAGCAGAGACAUGCAGGCAGGGAUGGACUCCAGCGCUGCUGACAGGGUGAAGCUUGGCAAGCGCAGACGAGGCGCAACCAAUGACAGACCCAGAUAUGCAGAGGUCAGCUCUGGAGAUGACAGUGAACCCGAGCGAGACUCUGUGAGGAAGCGCCAGAGGAAGGACAAUGACAGAGCCUGGGAGUACGAGGAACCCGAGUCCAGGAGAGGCAUAAGCUCACGCAGUCGCUAUGGAGACCGCAGCCCUGACACCUCCGACCGGGACUCACCGCCUCCUCCCAGCCUGAGUGAUGUUGCAAGGAGUCUCCAGAAGAAAGAGAAGCAGAAGAAAAGAAAGGCAUAUGAGCCCAAGCUCACACCAGAAGAAAUGAUGGAGUCAUCCACCUUUAAGAGGUUCAUUGCCAGUCUGGACAGCAUUCUAGAAAACCUUGAGGAUGUUGACUUCUCUAUACAGGAUGAUGAUGAAAUUCCACAGGAGUUGCUUCUGGGCAAACAGCAGCUGAGUGAGCUAGCCAGUGAGUCAGCCAAGAUCAAAGCCAUGGGCAUCACCUGCAAGAUUCCAUCUGAGAGACUGGUGAAGGUGUUGAGCAUGUUGGAGAAGAACAUUCAGGAUGGGGGCAAUCUCUCUACCUUGAUGAACCCUGAGAACGACACAGAGGAUGAGGAGCGCCUGUGGCGGGACCUCAUCAUGGAGCGCGUCACCAAAUCAGCGGACGCGUGCCUGACGGCGCUCAACAUCAUGACGUCGCCGCACAUGCCCAAGGCCGUCUACAUCGAGGACGUGAUUGAGAGGACCCUGCAGUACACCAAGUUCCACCUGCAGAACACGCUCUACCCCCAGUACGACCCUGUGUACCGGGUGGACCCUCAGGGAGGAGGUCUGUUGACUUCCAGAGCCAAGCGGGCGAGGUGCUCGACGAGCAAGCAGAGAGUCAUCAUCAUGCUCUACAACAAAGUGUGCGACGUUGUGAGCAGCAUCUCUGAGUUGGUUGAUAUCCAACUGUUGACAGACACCACAAUCCUGCAGGUGUCCUCCAUGGGCAUCACGCCCUUCUUUGUGGAAAAUAUCAGUGAGCUGCAGCUGUGUGCCAUCAAGCUGGUGACCGUGGUGUUCUCCCGCUACGAGAAGCACAGACAGCUGAUCCUGGAGGAGAUCUUCACCUCUCUGGCCAGACUGCCCACCAGCAAGCGCAGCCUCAGGAACUUCAGGCUGAACAGCAGCGACGCGGACGGUGAGUCCGUGCACAUCCAGAUGGUGACUGCCCUGGUGCUGCAGCUCAUCCACUGCGUGGUCCAUCUGCCCUCUGACCAGGACUCCAUUGAGGAGAGUAAGAUGGAUGAGGAUGUUCUCAUCAACACCUCCUAUGAGACAGCCAGGAGGACAGCCCAGAACUUUCUCUCUGUGUUCCUCAAGAAGUGUGGGAGCAAGCAGGGGGAGGAGGACUACCGGCCACUGUUUGAGAACUUUGUGCAGGAUCUGCUGUCCACCGUCAACAAGCCCGAGUGGCCAGCAGCCGAGCUGCUACUCAGUCUGCUGGGGAGACUACUGGUCCACCAGUUCAGUAAUAAGCAGACAGAGAUGGCUCUCAGGGUGGCCUCGCUGGACUACCUGGGCACCGUGGCGGCCAGGCUCCGCAAAGACGCAAUCACCAGCAACAUGGACCAACGCACCAUAGACCGCAUCCUCAAAGAGACCUCAGGUAAUGAUGAGAUCCAGCAGCUCCAGAAGGCUCUGCUCGAUCAUCUGGAAGAGAAUGCAGAGACUGCACCUGCACUGAUUUUUGCGCGUAAGUUCUACAUAGCGCAGUGGUUCAGGGACUCCACCACGGAGGCGGAGAAGGCGAUGAAGAAGGGCCAGGAGAAGGAGAAGGACGAGGACGUCCACGAGGGUCGGCGUCACGCCAAGGAGCUCAAGAGCACUGGGGAGAUCAUGCAGCGGGCCGAGGCCCGCAAGAAGUUCCUGCGCAACAUAAUCAAGACCACUCCUGCCCAGUUUAAUACACUCAGAAUGAACUCAGACACUGUGGACUAUGAUGAUGCAGGCUUGAUUGUGCGCUACCUAGCCUCUAUGAGGCCAUUCGCACAAAGCUUUGACAUCUACCUGACCCAGAUCCUGAGGGUCCUGGGCGAGAGUGCCAUAGCCGUCAGGACUAAAGCCAUGAAAUGUCUGUCCGAGGUGGUGGCCGUGGACCCCAGCAUACUGGCACGGAAGGACAUGCAGAACGGGGUUCACGGGCGUCUGAUGGACUCGUCCACCAGCGUGCGGGAGGCUGCAGUGGAGCUGCUGGGCCGCUUCGUGCUGAGCCGCCCCCAGCUCACAGAGCAGUACUACGACAUGCUCAUCAAGAGGAUACUGGACACGGGCAUCAGUGUGAGGAAGAGGGUGAUUAAGAUCCUCAGAGACAUCUGCCUGGAACAGCCCACCUUCAGCAAGAUCACCGAGAUGUGUGUGAAGAUGAUCCGCAGGGUCAAUGACGAAGAGGGCAUCAAGAAACUGGUCAAUGAGACAUUCCAGAAGUUGUGGUUCACCCCAACUCCAGGCAACGACAAAGAGGCCAUGAACAGGAAGAUUCUGAACAUCACAGAUGUGGUUGCUGCUUGCCAAGACAGUGGUUACGACUGGUUUGAACAGCUUCUGCAGAAUCUGCUGAAGUCUGAGGAGGAUUCCUCCUACAAGCCCACCAGGAAGGCCUGUGUGCAGCUGGUUGACAGUCUAGUGGAUCACAUCCUGCGCUAUGAGGAGUCCCUCUCAGAGCAUAAGAAUGUGAACUCCACUCGGCUUGUCGCCUGCAUCACCACCCUCUAUCUGUUCAGUAAAGUCAAGGCCGACUUCAUGGUCAAACAUGCCAUGACUAUGCAGCCCUACCUGACCACCAAGUGUAACUCCACGAAUGACUUCAUGGUGAUCUGCAACGUGGCGAAGAUCUUGGAGCUGGUGGUGCCUCUGAUGGAGCAUCCAAGUGAGAGCUUCCUGACCACAAUUGAGGAGGACCUGAUGAAGCUCAUCAUCAAAUAUGGCAUGCUGGUGGUCCAACACUGUGUGAGCUGCCUUGGUGCAGUGGUCAACAAAGUGACACACAACUACAAGUUUGUUUGGGCUUGUUUUAAUCGAUACUACGGUGUCCUGACCAAGCUAAAGGUCCAUCACCAGCAGGACUCCAACCACUCCAUAACGGACGCCAAGCGUCCGAUCCUGAUGCGCUCCCUCUUCACUGUGGGCGCUCUGUGUCGCCACUUCGACUUUGACCUGGAGCGCUUCAAGGGCAGCAGCCAAAUUGUUAUCAAAGAGAAGGUUCUGGAACUCCUUCUGUACUUCAUAAACAAUGAGGAUGAGGAAGUGCAAGUGAAAGCCAUCAUUGGUUUAGGCAACCUGCUCAUCAUGCACCCCAGCCAGAUGUUCAUUCCCGAGGUGAAGCGCCUCUACAACGGGCUAUUGUCUGACGUGAAGAGCCCGGUGAACCUGAAGAUCCAGGUGCUGAAGAACCUGCAGAUGUAUCUGCAGGAGGAAGACAUGCGCAUGCUGGAGGCUGACAGGGAGUGGAACAAGCUGUCCAAGCAGGAGGACCUGAAGGAGAUGGGCGACAUCACGUCGGGCAUGAGCAGCUCCAUCAUGCAGCUCUAUCUGAAGCAGGUGCUGGAGGCCUUCUUCCACACACAGUCCAACGUGCGCCACUUCGCCCUCAGCGUCAUCGCCCUCACUCUCAACCAAGGCCUUAUCCACCCUGUGCAGUGUGUUCCGUACCUUAUUGCAAUGGGAACAGACACAGAGCCAACUAUGAGGAACAAGGCAGACCAGCAGAUAGUGGAGAUUGACAAGAAAUACAGCGGAUUCAUUCACAUGAAGGCUGCGGCCGGGAUGAAGAUGUCCUACCAGGUGCAGGAGGCCAUCAUGGCCCAGCGUAAGGGCAUCAUCCGGGGCUUCCGUCAGGAGGAGUCCAUCAGCGCGCUGUGUGCGCAGCUCUACUCCAUGGUGCGCAGCAACAGGCAGCACCGCCGCGCCUUCCUCAUCUCGCUCCUCAACCUGUUCGAUGACACCUCGAAGGUGGAGGUGAACAUGCUGCUGUUUGUGGCCGACAACCUGGCCUACUUCCCCUACCAGAGCCAGGAGGAGCCGCUCUUCAUCAUGCACCACAUCGACAUCAGGCUGUCCGUGUCUGGCAGCAAUCUGCUGCAGACCUUCAAAGAGUCGUUGCGGAAGCCCGGUCAGCCGGAGAAGAAAGAAAAGGAGCGACAGGCCAAUAGCACCGCGUGGGACGUGGACGUGAGCGAGGAGGAGCUGGACAACCCUGACGUCGAUGUGGACAACGACGGCACAAAGGAGAAGCCUCCAGAGGAGGAGCAGCAGGAGGAGCCGCCGCCGCCGCCCGUCGACAAGAAAGCCGACGCCGAGUCGGAGUCCGACUCCGACUUGGAGGACGUGGACGUGGUGAUGGAGCGGCUGCCGGAGGACACCAUGCCCCUGAUGGAGUUCGCCCGCGCCUCGCAGGGCAUCCUGCUGCUGCUGGUCCUCAAGCAGCACCUCAAAGCUCUCUACGGCUUUUCAGACGGCAAAAUCCUCAAGUACUCCCCCACAGAGUCAGCGAAGGUAUAUGACAAGGCUGUCAAUCGGAAGGCAAAUAUUCACUUCAACCCUCGCCAGACCCUCGAGUUCCUGUCCAACAAUGUAGCCAACGCUGAGCUCACUUUCGAGCUCAAGAAGAGGAUCGUCCAGCAGUUCCUCGACUUUAAGUUGCUGAUGGACCACCUGGACCCAGAUGAAGAUGAAGAGGGAGAAGGAGAGACAGGUGCUAACGCCCGGAACAAAGCCAUCAACGCCCUGCUGGGGGGGUCUGGCCCCAGUGCUGGCCCGGCUCACAGCCCCCGGAAUCACGCAGCGGACACGGAGGAGGAUGACAGCGACACCGAAGACAGGACCCCUGGGGCCAGGAAGGCAAAACGUGGGGGGGAUAGCGGUGAAGCAGUGGGGAACAUGUCUGAAAGCGUGGAGCCAUCCGACUUGGUGGCCUUCCUGCGUCCGCAGUACAAGGACCGGCCUCAGAUUGCCCGCGUGAUACAGAGGACCGCUGACGGCUACAGCAUCCGCUGGCUGUCUGGCUCCUACAACAGCCCCUGGACGGAGGCCAAGAGGCGAGAGGGACGCAAACAAGUGCCUUGGCUGGAUACCAUCAAGGAGUCAGAUAUCAUCUACAAGAAACUCCCCCUGACCGCCAGCAACAAGUUGACCCACAAAGUAGCGCAGACGCUGCGGGCGCUCUAUGCGUCCAAGGCCACCUCCAGCUAGUGAACCCCCAACCCCUCAAUCCCAACCCAGGCCUGAUCUCCCCACAAAACUGCCAAAUCUCAGAGGCCACAAUCCCAACACACUACUCCAGCGGCGUUACGGUGCAUCCUUGCUUUAUAUUGUGCAUAUUUUUUUUUUGUUCAUAUAUUAAAUAUAUAUUUAAAAGAAAAGAAAGAAAAAGAAAAAAAAAAGUGAUCCCAGGAUGCGGUUAAGGAAAAUAAUGUUUGAAAAACAUUGUUGGGUGCUCCUUCGCUGUUGUGCAGCUGUCUGAUUUCUACUUUGAGUGUACAAAAGUUUUCACAUCAACACAAAAAAUUCUUUAUAUAUCUGAAAGGUAAUGACAUGUGUAAAAAGAUGCAGUGAAUAUUGGGGGAAUAAAUUAGUUUCUUAACAUUCUUAUUGAAAAUGAGACACAAAGUUCUUUUGGAGUAAUAGAGCACCGAACGACUUUUAUAUUAGUUAGCUCUUCCAUUUCUGUUCCAUUUUGUUCCAUUUUUUGUGUAUGUCUAUGCUGUACUAUAACAGAGAUAUACUUUUUUGAUGUAAUUUAUUGACGAAACCCUACGCAUGCAGUACCUCUGAGCUACUCGAAGGGUUCCUUUUGUAAAUGUACCUUUUGUUGUAUUUAGUCUCUCUGGUUAUCAAAAAGAAACAAAGACAAAAAAAAAUUCAAGCACUUGUGGCAGUACACAUACUGCAAUUAAUUUUUUACUUGCAUUUUUGUUAUUAUUGUUUAUUUUUUGCUUUGGCUUCCCAGGGGGGCAAUAUAGCCCCUGUAAGCUAUGGGUGGAGUGGAUAUAUUCAGCACACUGUUUCAAUUUAAAGAAAGAAAAACAGAAUAAAAAAUAAUACUGUGUGCUUUUUCUCUCUGAUCCCCAUCAUAUCUGUCUCCCUUUUGCGUUACUGGAGUGCACAGGCCGUCGGCUUUUGUACGACACUAAUUUGCCAACUGUUGGAAAUCAAAACCGAAAAACCUCCUACCUCACAUACCCUAGGUCUUAACGUGUGAGCAGAAGUGUAGAAGGUUGACAGUGUUCUCUUUGCAGCUAGUUUGAUAUUUAAAACAAGGACAUUUAUUUAAGCUUAUGAUAAUAUGAUCGGAAUGGUUUUAUAUGAAAGUAUAAUUCUUUUUAGCCACGUAGUUGAACUCUUGUAUGGAUUUUGGCAAAGAGCUAUUAAAAUAAUAUUGUAACUUAA